AUGCGUCUUCCGGAGACUGCCAAGGAUAUUCUGGCUGGCACUUCGGGCGGUGUGGCCCAGGUGCUGGUGGGCCAGCCUUUCGAUAUCGUCAAGGUGCGCAUCCAGACAGCGCCCCCGGGCAAGUACUCGGGUAUCGUGGACUGCAUUAGCGACAUCUUCAAGAAGGGCGGACCGAUGGCGUUCUACAAAGGCACGACGAUGCCGUUGAUCGGUGUCGGUGCCUGCGUCUCGAUCCAGUUUGGUGUCGUGCAGUACUUCAAGGGCCUCUUCCGCGAGGAGAACGUCGCCAAGCACGGGAAGGCGGGCCUGCACCUGACGCAGUGGCAGCUGUACGCGUCCGGUGCCGCGGGCGGUAUCGCGAACAGUGUGCUUGCCGCUCCGAUCGAGCAGGUCCGUAUUCGCCUCCAGACGCAGCAGACGCUGGUGUACCACGGUCCUUUCGACUGCCUGAAGCAAAUCGCAGCCAAGGGCGGCGUCUCGGGCAUCUUCCGCGGCUUUGUACCGACCGUGCUGCGUGAGGGCCACGGCAUGGGCAUCUACUUUAUGACCUAUGAGUACCUCGUGCAGCACAAGAUGAAGUCGCUCGGCAUCGAGCACCGCUCGCAGCUCUCGCCGACGGUGCCGCUCCUGGCCGGCGCCUCGGCGGGUAUCGUGCUGUGGCUCAUGGUAUACCCGAUCGAUGUCAUCAAGUCGUACAUGCAGACGGACGCGAUCGAGCCCUCGAAGCGCACCUUCCGCGGCACGCUGGAUGUCGUCCGCCAGGUGUACGCCAGCGGGGGCGUCAGCGGCUUCUUCCGCGGCCUCGUCCCGACUCUCAUUCGUGCGCCUUUCGCCAACGGUGCCACGUUCCUUGCUUUCGAGAUGGCUCGGCACGAGCUGUCGCACUUUUAG